GUGAUCAUGACGGACGCCGUAGCUGAGUGCAAUAUUAAAGUGCUGUGUCGCUUCAGGCCUCUGAACCAGGCCGAGAUCCUGCGCGGAGACAGAUUCCUGCCCAGCUUCCAAGGGGACGACACGGUCGUCAUCGCGGGAAAGUCGUACGCGUUUGACCGUGUGUUUCCCACUAACACCACUCAGGAGCAGGUGUACAACGCAUGUGCCAAGCAGAUCGUCAAAGAUGUGCUGGGAGGUUACAACGGCACCAUCUUUGCCUAUGGACAAACCUCUUCUGGGAAGACUCAUACCAUGGAGGGAAACCUGCACGACCCGCAGCAGAUGGGCAUCAUUCCCCGCAUCGCAGAGGACAUCUUCAACCACAUCUUCUCCAUGGACGAGAACCUGGAGUUCCACAUCAAGGUGUCCUACUUCGAGAUCUACAUGGAGAAGAUCCGGGAUCUCCUGGACGUCACGAAGACCAACCUGUCUGUGCACGAGGACAAGAACCGAGUUCCUUACGUGAAGGGCUGCACCGAGCGCUUCGUCUCCAGUCCGGAAGAGGUCAUGGACGUCAUCGACGAGGGCAAGUCCAACCGGCACGUGGCCGUCACCAACAUGAACGAGCACAGCUCUCGCAGUCACAGCAUCUUCCUGAUCAACAUCAAGCAGGAGCACGUGGAGACGGAGCAGAAGCUCUGCGGGAAACUCUACCUGGUGGAUCUGGCCGGCAGCGAGAAGGUCAGCAAGACUGGAGCGGCCGGAGCCGUUCUGGAUGAGGCUAAAAACAUCAAUAAGUCUCUGUCUUCUCUGGGAAACGUCAUCUCUGCCCUUGCUGAAGGAACUAAGACUCAUGUGCCGUACCGGGACAGUAAGAUGACGAGGAUCCUGCAGGACUCUCUGGGAGGGAACUGCCGGACCACCAUGUUCAUCUGCUGCUCUCCCUCCAGCUACAACGACGCCGAGACCAAGUCCACGCUGAUGUUCGGACAGCGUGCUAAGACCAUCAAGAACACGGCCUCCAUUAACCUGGAGCUGACGGCGGAGCAGUGGAAGAGGAAGUAUGAGAAGGAGAAGGAGAAGAGCAAGAGCUUGAGGGACACCGUCCAGAGGCUGGAGCUGGAGCUGAGGCGCUGGCGCAGCGGAGAGCACGUCCCGGAGACGGAGCAGACGGACGCUGAUGUGGUGAAGCUGGAGGCCGGCGAGGACACGGCUCUGGAUAACGAGAGGUCCUCAUCGGAGCGCCAGCGGGAGAGAGAGAGAGACUCAGACUCCUCCUCUAUAGUGGUGCGCAUCUCCGAGGAGGAGCGGCAGAAAUAUGAGGAAGAGAUCCGCAAACUCUACCGCCAGCUGGACGAUAAGGAUGAUGAGAUCAAUCUCCAGUGUCAGCUGUCGGAGAAGCUGAAGGAGCAGAUCCUGGAUCAGGAUGAGCUGCUGGCGUCGACACGUGGCGACUCUGAUAAGGUGCAGACGGAGCUGGGCCGCCUGCAGACGGAAAGCGAGAGCGCUAAAGCUGAGGUGCGGGAGGUGUUGCAGGCGCUGGAGGAGCUGGCCGUCAACUACGACCAGAAGAGCCAGGAGGUGGAGGACAAGAGCCUGCAUAACAAGCAGCUCGCAGAGCAGCUCAGCCACAAGAUGGCCAGCCUGAUGGAGCUGGAGGCGGAGCUUGCUCAGAUGCAGGAAGUGAGCUCACAGCAGAGGAAGCGCAUCGCUGACGUGUUGAACGGGCUGAUGAAGGACCUCAGCGAGUUCAGCUCCAUCGUCGGCAACGGCGAGAUCAAGCUCCCGGUGGAGAUCAGCGGCGCGAUCGAGGAGGAGUUCACUGUGGCGCGGCUCUACAUCAGUAAGAUCAAGUCUGAGGUGAAGUCGAUGGUGAAGCGCUGCCGGCAGCUGGAGAACAUGCAGCUCGAGUGCCAUCGCAAGAUGGAGGAGACCAGCCGAGAGCUGUCGUCCUGCCAGCUGCUCAUCUCACAGCAUGAGGCGAAGAUCCGCUCUCUCACAGAGUACAUGCAGAACGUGGAGCAGAAGAAGAGGCAGUUGGAGGAUAAUUAUGAUGCUCUCAGUGAAGAGCUUUACAUGAUGCAGAACUCGGAGAGUAAUGUGGCAGAACUGGAUGGAGGAGAGAAAGCUGACAGAGAGGCUGAAGGGAAAAAGGCUGCUGUUCGCCCAGCUCUCCACGCCGAGUCUCGUCAGAAGCAGCUCAGCCACCUGCGGGACGAGAUUAAUGAGAAACAGCGACUCAUCGACGACCUUACCGACAAGAAUCAGGCUCUAGAGCUGGAGCUGGCUCAUGUGCGCUCCAGUUUCAGUAACCUGAAAAUGCAGGACGACACCAAGAGCGCCUGCUUGGAUCAGCUGUCCUUUCAACAGGAGAGACACGAGCAGUCCAAGCAGGAUCUCAGGGGCCUUGAGGAGACUGUUGCUCGGGAACUCCAGACCCUCCACAACCUGCGCAAGCUGUUCGUUCAAGACCUCACGACUCGGGUUAAAAAAAGUACAGAAAUUGGACCUGAUGAUAGUGGGGGGUCUAACACUCAGAAACAGAAGAUUUCCUUUCUUGAAAACAACCUGGAUCAGCUUACAAAGGUUCAUAAACAGCUGGUACGUGAUAACGCAGAUCUGCGCUGUGAGCUUCCGAAGCUGGAGAAGCGUCUUCGUUCUACGGCUGAGCGGGUUCGGGCGCUGGAGACGGCACUGAAGGACGCCAAGCAGGGCGCCAUGAACGACCGGCGCCGCUACCAGCAGGAGGUGGAGCGCAUCCGGGACGCCAUGCGGCUGCGCUAUCCGCUGCGCCGGCCCAACGCCGCUCAGAUCGCUAAACCAGUGAGACCCGGACACCACGUCUCGGCCACGUCCCCCACCAGCUUCUCCAGCACGCCACGCUCCAGCAAACCCGCCACGUCCUACAGCAACGCUCUGUUCCUGCAGGAGGAGAAGAAAACCAACCCUGUUGGAUACAGCACUGUGAGAUCCAUAGACAUACUGAGCUCCUGUCCGCUCGACGUGGAGAACGGAAAUAGCACAGACAUUAAUGAUAACAGGAGUGAUGUUCACUGUGGCAGUAUGGCGGACGAUGCUUCACGACUCUUCAUCAUGCAACAGGAGACCGCAGCCAGUUAAUCAUUUAAUAUAUUCCAGUUGUCUGCAUGCAGCCGUUCAGCCUUCGCCAUCUUCUCCACGACUUUAUUCCUAGACUUCUUGGCUCUGUACCGUCUUAUAUUGUAUGAAAUAUUCCUCUAUCGUUCAUGCAGAGUCACAUCAUGUAUCCUGUCUCGCAUAUAUCACUGUUGCAUGUUUGUCUGUUUAGUAAUAAAACUCAUAGGUUGUAAAUGAACCCUCACAUACAGUAGAUAUUUGAAUACGCACAUCUAUAUUGCUUGCAUUAUAAUACAGGAGAGAUCUAGAAACACCUUCCCUUUAGUCUUGCUGAGCCUUAAAGAAAGACGUUAAAUAUUGUGAAGAUUCACAUAUAACAGUGUGUUUGUGUGUGUCAUCGUGUAGAUUUUGAUAAAAUUAUAUUCAAGUACUGACUACCUCCAAUUAUCGGAAAAAACAUUUUCAGUAAUAUUUGAUUUGCAUUGUAUUUGUUUUCACAUCAAAAUGAUUGGGAUGAAAAUUGCUGUAUGUGAAGAGCUUGUA